UGUUAAUUUUUCACUGAGAAGCAUCAACCUCUUCCGAAUUGUUUAAUUAAAUCGAAGACAAUGUCAGUUAUUCCCAUCGAAGUUCCCAUUCAGCCGUAUGCUGGUGAGCUGCUCAUCAUCAAGGACCUCAUUCUGCCAGACGUAGCUAAAAUAGAAAUGAACAAAUCGAACAAGAAGAAAACAAGGAUCUCUUUUUUCGAUCGUAAUAGCAUCCUGAAGAAGAUACUGAAACAUUUUGCCCAAAACAACAAGGCGGAUGACAUAUGUAUGGUGGACUGCGAAUCCCUCUUGGAUGCAUUUCUGUCCGCCUUGGAAACCUACAUGAAGUUUGUGUUGAAGAAAACUAUAGAAUUGUGCGAACACCGAUGUGGCUAUCAUCUGUAUAAGGACGAGCGCUGUGUGAUGAAGAACGAUAUGAGGACCACGAUGAUGUUCCUCAACGACCUGGAGAUGGCCGACUAUGGAUCGUCGGAUGAUGAUGCCGCCUUUUAUCGCAAACGCCGGGCGGAGACCGUCGAAAAGGAGAAGAAGUCGGUGCGUGUGGAGUCGGUGAAUGACACUGCCAUGUUGGCCAUCGGCGGUCGGAAGCGUGGGGCAGAAGAUCCAGUACCGGAGCCAACUCCGGUUGCCAUUAGUGCUCCGGCCAAUGUCCCGGUUCAGAAGCCAUUUGGCCUGAGGUUCAAGCAUCUGAACAUCAGGGAUGUCAUGCAGUUCAUGGAGGAGGACCGGCGCUACUGGCGUUCCAACAUGCUCUUCGAGGCCUAUUUGAAGUACAAGUACUGAGAUUCAGUUUUAUGAGAAACAUCAAAUAAACAUCCAGCCAAAUAUGAAUAUGCUUAUAUGCUAAUAUGCAAAAACAAUAAAAAACAUGUUAUGCAAA